UUGCCAAAAUUUGGGAUGACAACUCUCUCUCUCGCUCUCUUUCUCUCUCUCUCUCUCUCUCUCUCUCUCUCUCUCUCUCUCUCUCUCUCUCUCUCUCUCUCUCUCUCUCUCUCUCUCUCUCUCUCUCUCUCUUACAAGUACAAUAGUCAUGCUGUUUAUCUACUUAUUGCAGGGAAAAGCUGGAUCAAGUCGAUGAUUCUGACAGCUUCACUCUUUCCAUUUUUGUGCUUUGGAAUUGGUUUCAUUCUGAACACAAUUGCCAUAUUUUAUGGGUCUCUAGCAGCCAUUCCUUUUGGCACAAUGGUGGUUGUCUUCGUCAUCUGGGCAUUCAUUUCCUUCCCCCUGGCUCUUCUGGGUACAGUUGUUGGAAGAAACUGGAGUGGUGCUCCAAACAAUCCUUGCCGUGUCAAGACCAUUCCUCGCCCUAUACCUGUGAAAAAGUGGUACUUGACGCCAUCUGUAAUCUCCUUGAUGGGGGGUUUGCUACCAUUUGGCAGCAUAUUUAUUGAGAUGUAUUUUGUCUUCACAUCCUUCUGGAAUUACAAGGUGUACUAUGUUUACGGGUUUAUGCUUUUGGUAUUCCUGAUUCUCAUU